GGGAAACGCUGUUGUGUUGGUUCAGUGUUGUCCACCGAGGACCAGCCGCCGCGCUAAUCCACAUAUUUACAGAUACUGUUGCCGGGAUCAGUAAAUGUCUCCAGUUUGCUGCCGCUCAGCUCUGACCUGAUAAAGUCCACCGGAGCUCCGUCCUCCAGCUGUGGCUGCUCGGCCCGCAUGAAGUUACCCGGAGGAGCCGUCAGUUGUAUGCCGGUCCCCGCGCUGCUCGUCAACGUCUCUGUAGCCACCGAGCAGUUGUUAGCUCCGACACAAAGAGAGGAGCCCCGCUAGCCGGCUCAACACCCAGCGCAUCUGUCCCGAACAACAUGGAGGCGUUUCAGAAGGUGGAGAAGAUAGGAGAGGGGACGUACGGAGUGGUUUAUAAAGCCAAGAACAAAGUGACCGGAGAAACUGUUGCUCUGAAAAAAAUUCGUCUGGACGCGGAAACUGAAGGUGUACCAAGCACAGCCAUUCGAGAGAUUUCACUCCUCAAAGAACUCAGUCAUCCAAAUAUUGUCAAAUUGCGAGACGUCAUCCACACCGAUAGCAAACUCUACAUCGUUUUUGAGUUCCUUCAUCAGGAUCUAAAAAAGUUCAUGGACUCCUCCUCAGUCACUGGUAUCCCGCUGCCUCUGGUUAAGAGUUACCUUUUCCAGUUGCUGCAAGGCCUGGCCUUCUGCCACUCUCACAGAGUUCUUCAUCGAGACCUGAAGCCCCAGAACCUCCUCAUUAACGCUCAGGGUGAAAUAAAACUGGCUGACUUUGGCCUGGCAAGAGCCUUUGGAGUACCUGUCCGCACAUAUACACAUGAGGUGGUAACGCUUUGGUACAGAGCACCAGAAAUUCUCCUGGGCUGCAAAUACUACUCCACAGCUGUCGACGUCUGGAGUCUGGGCUGCAUCUUUGCUGAAAUGAUUACCAGGAGGGCUUUAUUCCCCGGUGACUCAGAGAUAGACCAGUUAUUCCGAAUCUUUCGCACCCUGGGCACACCUGAUGAGACCGUCUGGCCCGGAGUCACAUCGAUGCCUGACUACAAGCCAUCCUUCCCCAAGUGGGCUCGGCAGGAUUUAGCCAAAGUGGUGCCUCUUCUUGAUGAGGAUGGAAGAGAACUGCUCGGAGAGAUGCUGAAUUAUGAUCCAAACAAAAGGUUGUCUGCCAAAAACGCCCUCGUACAUCGAUUCUUCCGUGACGUCACCAUGCCACUCCCUCAUCUGAGACUCUGAGUUGCGCACAGGAUCAGGCUGUUUUAACGCCGACAAUAUCUAAGCAAUAAAGACCGUCUCACCAUGCAAGCACGUCCAUGACUGGAAUGGACAGAAAACGGAUCACUACAGGAUACGUUAGGUUCUUCAGCACCUACAACAAGCCCUCGAGGAGCUCACGUCCCGAGAGUUUUGCUGGUUUUUCAGCCACGUUGUUGCAACAGUUCUGAGUGUUUAACUGUAAUUUUCAAUAAUAAUCAUCAAUAAUAUUUUGGAUAUUUAUGUGCCACUGCCAUGUUGGAUGUAAAUGUUGUUUGUGAUUUGAGAUGGGUUUUACUUAAUGCCAGUGGGAUAUGUUUAUUAUAGUUAUGUGCCAUUAAAUUUCCAAAUUUAAAUGGUACGCUGGCUUUAAGAUUUCCACAUUCAAGUAGGCCUUUGCUUAGAAUUAAAUAUAACUGAACCAGUUUGUGGGUUAGUGCAAAUAACAGACGCCAUGCUUCGUAAGACCUGAGCAGUAAGUUGAUAGAGUGACAGCUCUGAUCGUCAGCUGAUGUAAAACAGUUGGUGCUAAAAGAAAAAGAGAUUAUAACAGCGUUCUUCUGUUUUGAUCCUCUAAACGUUUUGGCCCAAUGUGUCUCCACGUGAUUUUAUAACUGCACCUUUUGUUUGCUUCCAAAUGUUUAUUUGACUUUCAGGUUUACAGACCAAACUGAAGUUCUGAUGUACAAAAGUCCUUGUUGUAAUUCAGAUUUUACAGAAUUGAAUGUGCUGUUGCAUCUUUCUUACUCUAGAUUUUAUCCAGACUUAUUGAGCUGUUUUUAUAGAUUCAGUUUAUUCACAGUUUAAGAAAAUAAACUUGUUUAAAAAAAAAAA